UCCAUGGGGAGAUGAAGAGUGAACCUUUCUCCCCAACACCAGGAGAGCCCUCUAACCUAAGGAUUGGUUGUGCGCACAAGCCCAAAGGCUACGCCUCCCAGGGAAAAAAAACUGGGAGAGGGAAAAGGAACCUCAGAGAGAAGCCCAUUGAGCCUGAAGAUGCGCCUAUGAGUGAACUUUCCCUGUGAGCGCUGCUGCUUAGCGCAUCCUCUCUCUUCCAUGAACAUUUGGCUGCAGUCACUUGUCACAGGCCUUAAUGUGCCAAGUCCAGAGGAGGAGUUAUUUCCGUGCAGCCCCCAGAGAGGGUACCCUCCUGACACACUGAGCCCAUUGAUUGCCUAGCACCUACACAACUGGCACACUGCUUAUUGCACUGAUCGGGGCAAAGCAUUGGAUCCCUCAACGUACUGCGACCCGCCGGUGUACAGCCCGGACCUGUGCCCAAACAUGAUUGCCGCCCAGGCCAAGCUGGUGUACCAGCUGAACAAAUACUACUCGGAGCGGUGCCAGGCCAGGAAAGCGGCCAUUGCCAAAACCAUCCGGGAGGUGUGCAAAGUGGUGUCCGAUGUGCUGAAAGAGGUGGAAGUGCAAGAGCCCCGCUUCAUCAGCUCCCUCACCGAGAUUGAUGCCCGGUACGAGGGCCUGGAGGUGGUGUCCCCCACGGAGUUCGAGGUCGUCCUCUACCUCAACCAGAUGGGAGUCUUUAACUUUGUGGAUGACGGCUCCCUGCCGGGCUGCGCCGUGCUCAAGCUGAGCGAUGGCCGAAAGCGCAGCAUGUCCCUGUGGGUGGAGUUCAUUACGGCCUCCGGGUACCUCUCUGCCCGCAAGAUCCGCUCCCGUUUCCAGACCCUGGUGGCUCAGGCAGUGGACAAGUGCAGUUACCGGGAUGUUGUGAAGAUGAUCGCUGACACCAGCGAGGUGAAGCUGCGGAUCAGGGAGCGAUAUAUUGUACAGAUUACCCCGGCCUUCAAGUGCACUGGAAUCUGGCCUCGCAGCGCAGCACAGUGGCCCCUACCCCACAUCCCAUGGCCAGGGCCUAACAGGGUGGCAGAAGUGAAGGCGGAGGGCUUCAACCUACUAUCCAAGGAGUGCUACUCCCUGACUGGCAAGCAGAGCUCCGCGGAGAGCGAUGCCUGGGUUCUGCAGUUCGCGGAGGCGGAGAACCGCUUGCUGCUGGGGGGAUGCCGGAGCAAGUGCUUAUCUGUGCUCAAGACCCUGCGGGACCGACACCUAGAGCUGCCCGGGCAGCCCCUAAAUAACUACCACAUGAAGACCUUGCUGCUAUACGAGUGUGAGAAGCACCCCAGGGAGACCGACUGGGACGAGGCUUGUCUGGGAGAUCGGCUCAAUGGCAUCUUGCUACAGCUCAUCUCCUGCCUACAGUGUCGCAGGUGCCCGCACUACUUCUUGCCCAACCUCGACCUCUUCCAGGGCAAGCCGCACUCGGCGCUGGAAAGCGCAGCCAAGCAGACUUGGAGGCUGGCAAGGGAGAUCCUCACUAACCCCAAAAGCCUGGACAAGCUCUGAGAAUUGAGCAGGGGCUGGACUAAAUGGCGGCUACAAAAGGACACAGGGACAUAGUGCUUUGGGCGACAAGUAGCAGAACUAAGCCAACCAAAUUACAAGGCAUAACCAUGGCCCACUGGACGUUUAUAACCCAUAUUAGAACAAAAGGUACAGUAAGGGGUUACAUCUUGCCUGCGGCCCUCCAACUAUGGUUAAACUUCAACAGACACAGCACUCAUUUGUACCAUUGCUGGAGGGUCGCAGGUCGAGCCGUUAGAAUUCCAGUCCACUAGGAGUGGAAACCCAAUUGCUGACUUCAGCUCAAAUGCAGGAUAUUUCCCAUUCCAACCUCUUAUCUGUAGGCACUAGGACAGAAAGAAGAGUACAAAGAAAUAGCCCCUGUUCCAGAAUGUUUCAUCCAGAACCUAAUCUAGAACAGUGUGGCAUCCCACAAGGGUAACUAAACUACCCCCCCCCCCCCCCACUACAUGUAAGCGACUCGUGUCGCCUUGUUUUUUUAAGUUAUCCAACUUGCCGAUGUGGCGGCUGAAAAUGUAUAUUUACAAAAGACACUACAACAGCUCCAGCCUUUACAAGACACACAUUUUGUUUUAAUUUAUAUUUAUUUAUGAUAAUCUUUACGAUUCUCCACUUCUAUUAAAUUUGAUGGGCAUGUUUGUUCAAAUACUGAAAUAUUGAUCACAGGUUUACCCCACCUCCUUUGGGCAUUUUCUAUCAGUCCUGACAGAUAAGAGGUGAAAGCACUACCCUCAUGCCUAGAACUUAAAAAUCAAACCACCUUUCAACAAGGCCCCAUUACAGUGGCCCCGAGCAAUAGCUUGUCUGCUUUAUGUCUUCGGCAGAACCAUUGAAAAUAUAAGUGGACCAAGCCCCAAGCAACCUUCCAAGGACACUUUUUUUCUAUAAAUAUGGGAUGAAAAACAUUUCCUUGCACAGAGGGAGAGGGAAUUUCUCCUUCCAAACAAUGUGAACCAAGUCACAAGAGAAGCAAUCGGACUUAAGAAAAUUCAAGGUACAUUUUCAUAUGAAAUGUUGUAAUUUUCUUUCUUUCUUACUUUGCCUGAAUGUUUGUCACCAAGUGAACAAAAAAUUAUUUAACUAAAUGUAAAAAAAAUCUCUUUAAAGUUUACCAAUGUUAAAUGUAUUAUAGUGCCAAUGUCAGACUGCGAUCAGCAGCUGACUCCUUGAAACACGAAAAAAAAAAAAAAA